AUGUUAUACGAAUGUAGGAAACUGGCCAAUGUUCAACUUCCUCCCAAUUGUGAGAUUUUAAAUUCUGGUUCCUUUCAUUUCACAAGUUCUUUGCUCAAACUCGAGUUGCCAGAUUCUGUAAAAACUAUUGCUAGUCCCCAUGAGGUCUAUUUUAGAGUUUUUUCAAAUAGCGGAUUAGAGGAGAUAAAAAUUAAUCCAACAUCGAAAUUGACUACAAUUGAAUCUGACUCUUUUGCUGAAUCUCAUUUGAAAUAUUUCUAUUUUCCCGAAUUUUGCACAAAUGUUGCAUUUUCUGCUUUCCAAUUAUGUCCUAUUAUUGAAUUUUCCUUCCAUCCUAAUAAUAAAAAGUUCAAAACAGAUGGAACAAGUAUAUUCAUCGGAGAUAAUAAUAACACAUUGUUAUUUGUAAGUUCUGGCCUGACAGGAACCUAUACAGUUCCCAGUUUUGUGACAAGAAUUGAACAAUCAUCGCUAAGAGGAGGAAGACUUUCAAAAUGUAUCUUUGGACCUCAAAUUACAUAUGUUAGCACAUGGAUUUUGUGUUUAAAUAAAAUCACUGAAUUCGAAUUUCCUCCACAGAUGACAUCUGUUGCUGAAGCAAUGUUCUAUGGCUGCAGUUCUUUGACAACGGUGAAAUUCACUGAUUCAAUAGUUUCGAUUCAAAGGCUUGCUUUCUCUUACUGCAGUUCAUUGAAAAAUUUGACUUUGCCAUCAAAAUUGAAGUCAAUUGGGAAUGGUGCUUUCGUAAGAUGCUAUGCUCUAAAAACAUUAACACUGCCUGCAGAAUGCGAUCAAAUAGGUGAUGCAGUUUUCAGUGAGAUUUCAAUAACAAUCAAUUCAUUGAACCCAGAGAUCCAAAUAGAUAAUUAUGUUAUGUAUAAAAACAACCGUCAGACUAUCACAGCAUAUCUUGGAUCCGAUGCCUCAUCAAAUAUUGUAAUCAACAAGAGCUGCACAUUAAUUGGCUCAGGCGCAUUUCAAUCAAAGACAUUUUCACAAGUUACAUUUGACAACAACGAAAUGAUCAACAUCUCUUCUUAUGCAUUUGCUUCAUCAACGAUCAAAUCAAUAACAUUUCCAUCCGGAUUAAAGAAGAUUGAACAAUAUGCAUUCAGCAAUUGUAACAACCUUGUUCGUGUUUCAUUUCAAGGUUCCCAAAUUACAGAGAUUCCUGAUUAUUGCUUUUACCAAUGUCCUUCAUUGUCACAAAUUGUUCUCCCAUCUUCAAUCACAAAGAUCGGAAACUAUGCAUUCCGAGAAUCUCCAGUCAUUGGCGACAUCGGAAUAUCAAAUCUUAAUAGUCUUUCGAGCAUUGGCAUUUAUGCAUUCUAUCAAAGCGGUCUUACCACAGCAGACAUCUCAAGCCAAAGUCACACUAUUGGCAUGCAAGCAUUUGCACAAUCUAAACUUGAGAAUCUUACUCUUGCAUGCAACAUUUCGCAACAACUUUGCUAA